AUGCAGCCAGACAUUCUCAUUAUCGGCUCGGGAGGUGGCGGACUCACUGCAGCACUGCGCACCAAAGCUCUUGGGUUGACACCACUAGUUGUGGAAAAAAGCUCCUUAAUUGGCGGAAGUACAUGCUAUUCCGGCGGAGGCUUGUGGGUACCGAAUAACGGCUUGCAUCACGGCGUAGACGACAGUGUGGAAGAGGCCUUGAAAUACAUGGAGAACCUGAUAAAUCCAAACUACGCUGGCCCAGCAAGUAGUCGAGAGAGAAAGCUCGUUUAUCUAGAAAAUGCAUCAAAAAUGGUGCUUUUCCUGAAGAAUGAGGGUUUCAAGUGGGUCCCCUCAAUAGGCUAUCCGGACUACUAUCCACAGCUGCCGGGGGGGACAGCCGGUGGUCGCUCUAUAGAACCUGAAGUUUUUGAUCUAAGGAAGUUGGGAGAGUGGGGGAAAAAACUGAAUAUCAACCCGGCGAUGCCGACAGGUUCUUUGCCAAUGUAUACAUAUGAAGGACCCAAACUUGUCCGAGCCAUGUGUUCGCUGGAUGGGUUUGGAAAGGCAGUUCAGGUGUUUGGGUUGAGAAAAGGAUAUCAAUGGUUGCUCGGAAGGAAGCCGGUGACAUUGGGGACAAGUUUGAUAGCACAACUGCUCUUUCUGUGUUUAAAGAGGGACGUCACGAUCUGGACCGAAGCCGGUCUAAAGCAACUCAUCGUGGAGAAUGGAAAGGUCACAGGGGCAAUUAUAAACCGAAGCGGCAAAGAUGUUGUAGUUGAAGUGAAAAGGGGGUUGUUGCUAGGAGCAGGAGGAUUCGCUCGCAACAAAGAGAUGAGAGAGAAAUAUCAAGAACAUCCAAUCACAAAUGCAUGGACGUCGGCUUCUCCUAACGACCUUGGAGACGCGAUCUCGGCGGCAAUGGACAUCGGAGCUGCGACGGAGCUCCUGGACGAUGCAUGGUGGGGACCGACGAUUAUCGAUCCCAGGAACGGAGCGCCAAUGUUCACAUUGUUUGAGCGCGCCCUGCCGCAUUCGAUUGUCGUGGACAAGUCUGGGCAGAGAUUCACAAACGAGGCGCAGAGCUACACCACGUUUGUCCACGACCAGUACGAGCGGAACCGGACGACGCCUGCAAUUCCGGCAUAUCUGAUCAUGGACCAACAGUUCCGAAGCAGAUAUGUCCUUGCCAACAUCCUGCCGGGGAAGACGCUGCCAAGAGAUGUCGAAGAAUCGGGAUUAAUAGUGCAGGGACAAAAGCUCCAUGAGCUUGCACAAAAACUCGACGUCGAUGAAGAAGGCCUCAAAGCGAGUGUCAAGAGGUUUAAUGAAAUGGUCAGGAAGGGCCGCGACGACGACUUCAAUCGCGGCGGCAAUGAGUACGACAGGUUCUUCGGAGAUCCCGCUUCAAAGUAUGCCUCCAAUCCGUCGCUGGGUACGAUAGAAAAGCCACCUUUCUAUGCUUGCAAGCUCGUCCCAGGCGAUCUAGGAACUAAAGGCGGUCUUCUGACUGAUGUAAAUGCAAGAGUAAUUGGAAGAGAUGGUCUAAUAAUACGGAAUCUGUACGCAUUUGGCAACACAUCAGCUUCAGUGAUGGGACGAGAUUACUGCGGACCAGGAAGCACACUUGGCCCUGCUUUAACCUUCGCAUAUAUUGCCGUGAACCACGCUUCUGGAUCGGACUGAGCAAACGGACGAAGGGCUGCCCCUCAUACAAUCAUUUACUGCGAACUUUUCCCAGUCAUGUAACUGCUUUUUUUCACUCCUUGUGAGCGCGUACACCUCUCCAUAUAUUGCAUCAGAGAUGACAUCACAAUUUGGAGACGAU